CUCUCAAGCUCUCCAAACCUUUCAACAGGAGUGAACUGCCUUGCGUAUGAUGAGGCCAUUAUUGCGCAACAGGACAGAAUUCAGCAGGAGAUAGCCAACAGUAACCCCUUAGUGUCGGAUAGACAGAACUUGUCAGUGCUGCAGAAAGAAUAUGCUGAGGAUGACACGGUUUAUCAGCUCAAGAUCAAGGACCUUCACAAAAAAUACUCGUACAUUCGUAAGACACGACCAGAUGGAAACUGCUUCUACAGAGCCUUUGGAUUUGCACAUCUCGAGUCCCUGCUAGAUGACAGCAAAGAACUUCAGAGGCAAGUGGUGUUCAAAGCAGUUGCAGGCAAAAGUAAACUGGACCUGGUUAAUGAAGGCUUCACUGAGUUUACCAUUGAAGACUUUCACAAUACAUUCAUGGACUUGAUCGAACUUUGUGAGAAACAGCCUAGCCUGCAGGAGCUGCUGAGCUCUUUCAAUGACCAGAAUGUGUCGGACUAUGUGGUUGUGUACCUGCGACUCCUCACUUCAGGCUACUUGCAGCGAGAACAUACCUUCUUUCAGCAUUUCAUUGAAGGAGGACGUUCUGUUAAAGAAUUCUGCCAGCAGGAAGUCGAGCCAAUGUCAAAAGAAAGUGACCACAUUCACAUCAUCGCCUUAGCUCAGGCCCUGAACGUAUCUAUUCUCGUGGAGUACAUGGACAGAGGAGAGGGAGGAACUGUCAAUCACCACGUCUUCCCUGAAGGCGGUGACCCACGCAUCUUCCUCCUGUAUAGACCGGGCCAUUAUGACAUCUUGUACAAAUAA